GGUCUCUCAAGAAUCACAACACCAUCAUACUUUGACAAGCUGUCAAGGGCUCUCUCUCUGCAUCACCGUCGCUGCUACCACUGCUACCACUGCUACCACUGCUACUACUGCUACUACAGCAUCACCUCAACUAAUUCUCAAGUACCGGAUACGAUACGAUCCGACACAAAUACUUGUACCUCCCAAACAUCAUCUCAUUAUGGGUUCCGUCGUACUACCCCACUUGCGAACGGGAUGGCACGUCGAUCAAGCCAUCAUGAACGAAGAGGAACGGCUCGUGGUUAUUCGAUUCGGCCGAGACUACGACCAAGAUUGUAUGCGACAAGAUGAGGUUCUUUACAAAAUUGCCGACCGUGUCAAGAACUUUGCUGUGAUUUAUGGUCAGUAGCCAUAGCUAGCCCCAGCCCCCCCAUCAAGCUGCAUGCUAACCUUCGUUACAGUUUGUGACUUGGAGGAAGUACCUGACUUCAAACAGAUGUAUGGUCAGUACUUACCUUCGACUCUGAAUGUACAAAGCGCCAUUUUCAGAGUCUUUUGCAUGUCUUUGCUGACAUUUGCCUCGCAGAACUCUACGACCCGAUGACGAUCAUGUUCUUCUUCCGAAACAAGCAUAUGAUGUGUGAUUUUGGAACGGGAAAUAACAACAAGCUCAACUGGGUACUUGAGGACAAGCAAGAACUCAUCGAUAUUCUUGAGACCAUCUAUCGUGGUGCUAAGAAGGGACGUGGUUUGGUUGUCAGCCCCAAGGAUUACUCCACACGCUAUCGUUACUAGGUCUCGAAAUACCACAACUUCCUUUCGAUCAGAAGCGAAGCUACCGCACAAACUGGGUUCGUUUGCGAGGAAUAUUUUGCUCGACGAUUCUCCGGGUACUUUACAUUCCAGAUUGCGAAUUUUUGUUGACAAUAGGCAAAUAUACCAGGGGAAGGCCAGAAGAACCAAGGCGGCAAUACGGUAAGAGGGUAUCAACCACCCUUUACUUCAGAUAUAGAAGGCACACGAAGCCGCUACAUGUUGCUCGGUGGGUAAUUUUGAGAUCGAGCGGAAAGUCCUCAAUGAUAAUGAGGUUACUACCACAUCUUCAAUUCCGGUGGUCAAUAGCUGAUAAUGCAGCGAGAAUUCUGUGCAGCUGUCCCAUUCGUAGCUUCCUACAAAUCAAGCUAUUUAAUUCUAAAAA